UAAAAAGGAAGAAUAAUAUAAAAUGGAAAGGGUAUGUAGAAAAAGCAAGGCAUAGAGACCACUUGCUCAGCCGCUGUGCCUUGCAUUUUGUCUGCAGUCGAGACGAGAGAGGCGGAAGGGUUUGAUGGUGGGGCUGGUGAUAUUUAGACGCUAGAUGCUCGUCUCCCGAUCUCUCUCCGCUUGGAUCUCCCGAGUUCUUGCCUGCAUGGGAGGUUGUCUUGGAUGCUGUACUAAGCCCACUCCAAUCAUUGCAGUGGAUGAACCUUCAAAAGGUUUGAGAAUUCAGGGCCGAACAGUUAAAAAGCCUAGUAUAUCUGAGGACUUUUGGAGUACAAGCACAUAUGAGAUGGAGAACAGUGGAGUUCAGUCUCAGAGGAGUGUUUCUUCAAUUAGCACAUCAGCACAAACCCUUGAUGCUGGGUCAGGAAGCUCUAGCAACCCUGCUGAGUUUGUGAACCACGGUCUUCUUCUUUGGAAUCAAAUCAGACAACAAUGGGUUGGAACUAGAAGGCCGGAGAACCAAUUGCAACAAGUCAAGGAACCUAAGUUAAGCAGCUGGAAUGCUACGUAUGACAGUUUGUUGGGCACGAAUAAGCCAUUCCCACAACCUAUCCCGCUUUCCGAAAUGGUGGAUUUCCUUGUGGAUGUCUGGGAGCAGGAGGGUAUGUAUGACUAGAACUGGAAAUGAAUAGUGUGGUGGGGGACAUAAAAGAAUCCUGGAAUAAAGGUGGAGAGAACACCUUCCUGUGAUUGCUUUGGUUCUGGACCACCUUUAUAUGGGGUUUUCAUCAGGCCUGGGGCUUUACUUUUAGAUUAUAGUGGGCAUUAUUCCAAAAACAAUUGAUGUAAUACUUUUCUAGCAUGUGUCUUCUCAUUUAUAUAUAUGUUCUUCCCCGUUUUUCUUAUGGUCUCUUUUUCUUUGUAAUCUGCAUAUCAGAGGAUGAUAUAGACGAUAAUGUUUCUUGUAUGAUGCGCAAGAAAAUUAUUGGUGAGUAAAGGAUGGAUCAGGACACUUGUUAACUGCAA